AUGGACGACAUCGAUGACGAAUAUGAACGCCUUGUAGAACACCUUCACGACUGUACCAAGAAAGCGAGGAGUUUCAAAACCACCAAGAGACGUUUGUCUCCGAAAACUCUAGAGCAGAUACGUCAGCGUGGAGCUGCGCGAGCUGCAGGCAACCAAGAACUCACGUCCGAGCUCGCAAGGCUUUGCAGAGAGGCGACAACGGAAGACCUCAAAGAGAGAAGAGCAGAAGAGUUGGCCGAAGCUGCAGAGGCGGGACAGAGCAUUCGCUACGCCCGUCGGAAUUUCGCCAAUCGUAAACAAUAG